AUGGUGCAACCUUCAAUAAACAAGGCAUUUUGGGCUAGGAAGAUUGCAAAGAAAACAAUAGAGGGAGACCACAAAGAAGAGUACAACAAGUUGGUAAACUUUUGUAAUGAAGUCAAGAAGAGAAAUCCGCAAUCUACAUUUGCUCUUGUCACUGACACUACUUAUUAUGUAGAUCGCCCACGUGUGUUUAAGAGAUUGUAUGUGUGCUUAGAACCAGUGAAAAGAGGUUUUAUGAAAGCAUGUAGGCCAAUUAUUGGAUUAGACGGUUGCUUCCUUAAGGGCACAUACGGAGGUAUUUUGUUGGUGGCUGUAGCUCGCGAUCCUAAUGAUCAAUAUUUUCCUCUAGCUGUGGCGGUAGUUGAGACUGAGAACAAAGAUUCUUGGACAUGGUUCUUAAAAAAAUUGUUUGAUGAUAUUGGUAGUAUGGCUGAAAAGAAAUGGGUUUUUAUCUCAGACCAACAGAAGGGAUUGGUUCAAGCUUUUGGAGAAUUACUUGAAGGUGUUGAACAUAGAUAUUGUGUAAGACACUUGUAUGCCAACAUCAAGUCAAGGUAUGGUGGUGGAACGGUGAUUAGAGAUUUAGUGAUACGUGCAGCGAAGGCCACUUAUCCCCCAGCUUGGAAAGAACUAAUGAAACAAUUGCAUAAUGUGUCAAAGGAAGCGCAUGAUCACUUGAUGAUAUUUCCUCCAUCUUGUUGGACCAAGUCUCACUUUUCAGAGUAUUCAACAUGUGAUAUGAUAAUGAAUAAUAUAUCAGAAUCUUUUAAUAGUCGGUUGUUGGAAGCGAGAGAACUUCCCAUAGUAGGUCUUCUUGAUUGGAUUCGGAUUUAUUGGAUGAAUAGAUUUGCAGAAAAUCGCAUCAAAGCUGCAAAAUAUCAGGGGAAGGGAAUUGUAUGCCCUCGUCCCCGUAAGAGACUUGACAAGGAGGUUGAAGAGUCUAGAAAGUGGAUGCCAAGAUGGGCAGGAGACGACAAGUUUGAAGUUCAAUAUAACACUCAAAGAUUUAUUGUUGAUCUCAAAGAGAAGACUUGUGAAUGUCGAUGGUGGCAGUUAUCUGGAAUCCCUUGUAGGCAUGCUGUUAUUUGUAUUUACGAGAAGCGUGAGGACCCUCAUACAUAUGUCAAUGAAUAUCUUACUCUGAACAAAUAUGAAGAAUGUUACGCUCCCAUUAUACAGCCCAUAAAUGGAGAAGAGUUGUGGGAACAAAUUGAAUCAGAGCCCAUAGAUCCUCCAACAUUUCACAAACGUCCUGGUAGACCUAAGAAGCGACGAAAGAGAGAGAAAGAUGAGCCACAACCUCCACACAAAAUCAGGAGACAAAAUACAAGCAUCAAGUGUAAAGCUUGUGAUAAUAGUCCCGUGACCCACAGUCCACACCGCCACCCGGCCCUUCUCGCCUUCACCUUCACACUCAGUCGGCCUCACACUCCUUCAGUAGUUCAGUUCAAUCACGCCCACAGCUCACUGCCUCACUCGACGCUCACAGUCACAGGCUCGCCGCUCGCAGCUUGCUCCCUCUCUCCCAGACUCUUGACUCCCAUCCCCUCUCCAAGCCCUAAGUCUACAAGCGGAUUGCACAGCGUUUUCGAAGUUCUCGUAGAUCGCCCUAAUCACGCCCACAGCUCACUCGACGCUCACAGGCUCGUCGCUCGUAGCUUGCUCCCUCUCUCCCAGACUCUCGACUCCCAUCCCCUCUCCAAGCCCUAA